AUGCCAAACAUUCAAAUAACAAGCCGAUCCAAAAGCGCAGAGCCACCAUUUACAGACAGUCAACUUAUCAAAAUAAUAAAUGACAACCAUCAACUAUCUUCAGCUGCGGAAUUGAUUGCAAAAAUUGGUAAAGAGUUGGACCGCAUCUCUUCAAAGCAUAAGUUUAUCAUCCAAUAUACUCAGUUGAAACUCGAAUCUACAAAUGUGGAUGUCGAUAUCUGUACGGACUUUGUCGCGUACUGGGAUUCUACUAAAGACGGAUGUGUCACUGUUGAAGUUCUGAGUUCAAGUGAAGCCAGAGAAGAGAACCAGAUAGGAGAAUUGACAUCCGAAAAGCAAAUACUUGAUGAAGCUCACCUGGAACGAAUUGACGAUUCAGAGGUGGUUGAAGAUUUGUUAGUUGAGAACCAAAAAACAGUAAACAUGAGUAGUGGAGGUGAUCUUAACGCUGCAACACCAAAAGAACGGAAUCCAAUAGUAUCACCCGUUAACAUCAACAAGUUUUUUAACCUGUUGCUUCUCACGAUUUAUUGGCUAAGCAUAUAG